UUUUAUGGACAGUUUUAGAGCUGAGUGUUUACGCAGAGAGGCUUUGCCUGGGGAAAAUACUUUUGACAGUUCAGGUCGUCCUGCAUGAACCACAGCUCUGUCAGUUCGCUCACUGUGGGAUCGUGGGGUCGUAAAUAGUACAUGCUGCGGAGAGUGAAAAUGUAGAUGCGCUGCGCGGUUUUUUUUUUUUUUUUUUUUGUCCAAAGCGACAAGACAGCUUAGAAAGCUGACUAAAUAGCGCAUAGGGAAAUACGUUAAUAAAUUUGGGUUUGCAGUGCGUGUAAUGUGUCUAAAAUCAUGUUUGAUUUCACUCCUUUUUUUCCUCAGCUUAUGCUUUAAAACAAGCUCAGAAACUGGAGUCUGCACUCUCGCUCUCUUGUUUUGGUCUUGUUCUGUGCCAAAACCCGUGUACAUUGUGUUUACAAAGUGUGCGUGUGUGUGUGUGUGUGAGAGAGAGCUGAUUUAAGUCACAUCCUAAGCUUAGAGAUGGUUUCUGAUUUGAGCAUCUGUUUUCCAUUGGUCAUUAGUAGUUUUAAUGUAUUGAUGAGGCUAAUUAUUUUUAAAAUGCUCCUUUAUAUUAUAAGUAGUAAUGUUGCUUUGGCAAAGUGCAUCGAGGAGAAAGUUGUAUAAAAAGUUGCAGUUAGCUCUGAUUGGUAAUAUUUAUACUCUUGCAUCAAUUUCGGUCAUAACUGAACGCGUAUGCGUUGUCAGUAGCGAUGCAAUAGAAAAGUUUGCAGCGUUCUGUAGUUGUCACUUUGUAACAGCAGGAGCGUAAGAGACCUGCAAACAUGUUUCCUUGUAGUCAUGAACAGGACAUUUAUCUUAUGAGUAUUAUAAAAUAGUCACAUAUAACGGAAAGAUGGACAUACUGUACAGAUAUCUGAAAAGAAGUAAUAGCUCUUUAAAGUGGUGUUUGGCAUUGAGUGGCUAAUAAAUCUCAGUCCGCUGUUUGCGUGUUAUGGAUCGGGCUCUAUUCCUGGAGUCAGCACAUUUACAGGCGUUCAGUUUCAUAGGGUAAAAGUGUUAAUUACGAUUUAACACUUCAGAAGGGUUAAAUAAGAUGGAAAAUGAGAGUAAGCAUGCAAUACAUAGGCUAUAACAGCUCAAUUGCGAGUGCGCUCUGCCAUUUGACACUUUUUUUGCAUUCGUGAGAAUUUGAUGUUCUGUUUACAUGUCCUUUAAAGACUGGUGAAAUUGUCAAUAUGACUAUACGACUUGAUACGUGUGAGUUUCAGGUGCUGUCGGUGUCGUUUAGUGCCGAGUGACAUCUCGUGGACGCAAAACUUCAGAAGGUUUCUUUAAAAAUUGCCGAAAUAAAACUAGUUGUACAUAACUUAUAAACAGUUUAGGGCUACAGAUGUUCUUCAGAUAAGUAGCUGAAAAUUUUUCAAACCGUUACAAGUGUGCUGUACUGCUGUAUACUAUGUGGGUUGCUGGCAUGAUGGGAACUGUCUUCAGUUUGUUUUUAUGUCCAGCAGUUGAAAUCCCGAGCCCUUUCCCUGUCAUCUGGGUGUUUACCCCAGCAGAGAGCAUUCCUAGAGUCGUGGGCUGAUUAAGCUGCUUUGGCAACAUGACACAGUGCGGGUAUAUUAGUGAACAUGUAGGUUCGAAUGGAAAUAGAAUCUCUAAUACUGAAUGUUCAACAUGUAAGAAAUGUUCGCCUUACUAUUUACAGGCGCCCACUGAAACUAUAUUUGUGUCAAGGCGCUUGAAGUGACUGAACAGCAACUGUAGAAGAGCAACAAAAUUCACAAAAUUGAUUUAAUAAAGAAAUCAACGCUUCAUAUGUAUUAACAUAAUUCUUGAGUUGAGUUUUUUGACCAUUCCAGUCUGUUCUUCAACUCAUUCCUCAAUGGUGAAGCGUGUCGGUGCACAGUACAGCAAUAAACAGCUUAACGCCAUGUUCCCAUGACUCAUUUGAGUCUAUUCUCCACACGUUAAGACGUUAAAAUCCAAGCAAAAUCAAUUUUCCCCAGAAGGCUAAAAUCAUAUGUAAAAAGCACAUAUCGGUGAACACAUUUGGUUAAAAAUGCAUUUGAACUCUUAGUGACCUAAAAGUUACUUUUAACUGUGAAUUUAAAUAAAGUUCCAAUGCUGUUCCAAGUUCUGAAUUCCAACUGCUGUCUGAGAAACGAUCAUUUAAUUUGGAUCAACUGAAAAAUGAUUCUCAGACCCGACAGAACUACGGCACGUGGAAGUCAGUUUUUUCUAACUAGUAAUUUUAUCGUUUGCCGCCACCUAAUGGAGAGAGAAAUAUGGCCGCAUCUUCGAGAACUACUCAUGUAAAUUGAUUUUCAGAUCUUGAAAAAAUGGCUUGUGCAGCCGACAGCUGCAUCCAAUUCACGCGUCAUGCAAGUGAUGUUCUGCUCAACCUGAACCGACUGCGCAGCAGAGAUAUCAUCACAGAUGUCACGAUUCUGGUCAACAGACAACAGUUUCGAGCACACAAAACCGUCCUUAUGGCAUGCAGUGGGCUCUUCUACUCAAUUUUCACAGACUCCCACAAAUGUAACCUGAACGUCAUCAGUCUGGACCCGAAGGUUGACCCAGAGGGCUUCGCAAUACUUCUGGAGUUUAUGUACACUUCACGUCUCACACUGAAGGAGAGCCUCAUCAUGGCCAUCAUGAACACCGCCAUCUACUUGCAGAUGGACCACGUUGUUGACACCUGCCACAGAUUCAUAAAGUCCAGUGACUCCUCCAUCAAACUGCCCAGAGAGGAUUUUUUGGUUAGCCCUCUGCUUUUACCUCAAGAUGUUCACAGUUACAGACCCCAUGAGGUGGUGGAUAACAUAUCUGGACGGGCAGCAACUUUCAGAGAUGGGAGACCCUAUGGUGUCUGCAUGUUUAAUGGGGUCAGUGCUCCUAACAGCUCAUACCUUUAUAGCCAGUUUCACAUGCAAGGUUUCCCCUUUCCUCUUUGCAAGCUGACGGACACCAAAAACUCAUUCUCAGACUUCUCAAAAGGGGGCAUCAUCCAUCACAAACACUGCUCACCAGCUGAUGGAAACAACACUGUGCUGUCUGACUUCACACACAACACCACCAGUGGAAGCGCAAAUGCUUUCCACACUGGCUUGUACUCCCCUAGAGAGCUUGGAAGAGAUGAGGAAAUGAAGCGGGAGACGUUGGAGGGAGUUGUCCAAUCAAUCGGCAUGAGCUCCAGAAAGCACGGCUUUAGCAGCCUGGCCCAGGAGCAGCAAAGGGAGACUGACAAAGAGCAGAGUUCCCCGGCAGAGGAACAUUUGAGCCACCAACACUACUCUAUGGGCAUGUCCUCCAAUGGGCGCAAAGGCUUGAUGAGCAGCCCCCAGAGUCCGCUCAAAUCAGACUGUCAGCCAAAUUCUCCAACAGAGUCCAGCAGCAGCAAAAAUGCUGCCCUCGCACAGGCCUCGCAACCUCUGACCUCUCAAGGUACACAAGACCCUAAAGCUCGCAACUGGAAGAAAUACAAGUUCAUUGUGCUCAAUCAGAGCUCCAAGGAAGAGGAAACCAAUCCUCGUGAUCCUGGAAUGCACUCCCCACAAAGGCCAUGCUUGUCUGCUUUCCUUCACCAUACUGACUCUGAACAUCCAGACUCAAAGGCAACGACAAAGAUUAGUGAACCAGGCGAGGACUUCACUGUGCCUCAGGCCAGUCGUCUCAAUAACAUAAUCAACAGCAGAACUCUGGAGGGAUCACAGAGGAACGAAGUCAGCCGCUCUUCUCUGUAUAGGAGCCACUUAAAAUGUUCGUCCUGUGGAUCCCAGUCUCCACAACACUCCGUGUGUCCGAACACGUCUUCCUCGCGGUUGGCUGAGGAGAUGUCUGAGAUGCACUCGGAGUACUCUGAUUCCAGUUGUGAAAACGGAACAUACUUCUGUAAUGAAUGCGACUCAAAGUUUGCAGAGGAGGAAGCCUUGAAACGCCACACGCUUCAGGUCCACAGUGACAAGCCAUACAAAUGUGAUCGUUGCCAAGCAGCAUUCCGCUACAAGGGAAACCUUGCCAGUCACAAAACAGUUCACACCGGAGAGAAACCGUAUAGAUGCAAUAUCUGUGGGGCUCAGUUCAACAGACCAGCUAACCUCAAAACCCACACACGAAUUCACUCAGGAGAAAAGCCAUACAAGUGUGAGACAUGUGGAGCUAGAUUUGUGCAGGUUGCUCACCUUCGUGCUCAUGUUCUGAUUCAUACCGGAGAGAAGCCAUACCCAUGUGAAAUCUGUGGCACACGUUUUCGCCAUCUGCAGACACUUAAGAGUCACUUGCGAAUACACACAGGAGAAAAGCCCUAUCAUUGUGAAAAAUGCAAUUUGCAUUUUCGCCACAAGAGUCAGCUUCGGUUACACCUCCGUCAGAAGCACGGAGCAAUCACCAACACCAAGAUCCAAUAUCGCAUGUCUUCAACAGACCUACCGACGGACUUGACAAAGGCAUGCUGAGCAAGCACUGGCAUUAUAUGACCCUGACUUGUACAAUCAUUCAAAAUUUUAGUGCCACACUGUGUCAGUCGGACAAGAAAAAAGAACUCGGCAGGAAAAGCCAAUCUAAAUGGGUGUCCUCUACAUUUGACCAUACAACCACAUUAUGGUCUCUUGUAGUCACUUUAUUGUUUAUAUUUACAUAUGAAUAUAUAUUAUUGUUGAGAGUGUUUUUACAUUUUGAGUUAUAAAAAUCUUUAUUUUGUUGGAAGGAUGGAAUGUAAACCAUUUAAAUCCGUUUUUUGAGAAUACAGUAUUUUAUAACAAAAAAACAUACUUUUCUGAAGGUAUUUGGGGAAUUUUGAUUGGAGGUUGGAAUAUUUUGAGUCAAACACAUUUCUCGCAAAGCAAAGAAUUGUGUCUAUAGAUUUUUAUAUAUUAAUGUACAGGUUACACUAUGUUGGAAUAGCCUCAGCCUUGUAAGAGGAACUCCUAACUGUGACUAUAGCAUUGAAUAUCUUUCUUGGUUUUUGUUGUGUAAUUUUGAGAAUGAUGGCUGCUCUCUAAAAUGGAAAACAUGCAUGAGGUAGGUUGCCACAAAUAAAGCUUCAUUAUGUGGGCAGCAGCAUAUAUUUUAUGACAUAAAGUGUAAUUAUUUUACAUCAAGAUUGCUCUCUGCUGGCAGAGCCGAUCUGGAAUUACAUGUUAACAUAUGCAUUCAAAGAAAUAAUAAUAAAAAAUAAAAGGUACUGCUAUGUUAUGACCAAGGAGAUAUUUUGCUUCAGAUGUAUUUGUAUAGAAACGUGACUUUAUUUCUUUUGGCAAGUGAAGGUUUACAGUUGUAUCGUUGUUCUAGAAGCUACAGUGAAAGGUUAUACUAUUGUCGUUUAUUUACUUUUUGUCUGUGUAUACAGUGUACUCAAGGUGCCUUUUUCAAUGUUCUCUGAAUUUCUUUACAUUCAGCCCAGCUCUAUUAAGGUACAACUAAAGGGCAACACUUGUCCUCUUUGUUCCCCCCUUUUUGAGCGUGUAGACAUGCGAGGAUGUGUUUGUAUGACAGAAUAGGACAGUGUGACUGUGUGUGUGUGUGCAUGUGUGCUUUAUAAAAGGCUUUUCACACACUAAAAAAAACAACUCAUUAUUGCGUGAGCUAUAUACACCUUCAGCACUUGUUUUGGGAUUGGAUUUUUUUUUUAAAUAAAUGCAUUAAGCUUAUUGUAAAAUAUAGAUGUAUGAAUGUCAAAUAAAAGUAUUGGAUGUCUAUG